GGGACUCUGUCCUUACCAACAGCUGGUACCGGAACACUGCCUGCUUAGUGCCCAACCAUGCAGGGAAUAAACAGGAUGUUUCAACUGGGCCUUCUGCUGGGACUGGAGCUGGGGCUGCAGGGGGCCUUGCCUCCACCCUGUGACAGUCAGAUUUACUGCACAGGUGAGCUCCUCCGGCAGGUUCAGAUGGCCAAGCUAUACCAGGAUGAUAAACACUUUGUGGACAUGCCUCUGACCAAAGCUCCAGACCAAGUUCUAAGUGACUUUAAUGAGCUGCUCAACUCCAGUGGAGGCAACAUCUCCCGGGACCACCUGAUAACCUUUGUUAAUGAGCACUUCCAGGACCCAGGGCAGGAAAUGGAAACCUGGAUUCCCGAGGACUGGACGCCUAGCCCCAAAUUCUUACAGAAAAUUUCAGACACCAGACUCCGGGCCUGGGCAGAAGAUCUGCAUAAUCUUUGGAAGAAGCUGGGAAGGAAGAUAAAACUUGAGGUCUCGGAUCAGCCUGACCAAUACUCUUUAAUCUAUGCAGCCCACCCCUUCAUUGUGCCUGGUGGACGUUUUAUUGAGUUCUACUAUUGGGAUUCCUUCUGGGUGAUGCAGGGGCUGCUCCUGUCAGAGAUGCCCGGAACAGUUAAGGGCAUGCUGCAGAACUUCCUGGAUAUAGUGAAACACUAUGGACAUAUCCCAAAUGGCGGUCGAGUGUACUAUCUGCAACGGAGCCAGCCCCCACUCUUGACCCUCAUGAUGGACCAAUACUUGGCUUACACCGAUGACUUGGACUUUCUCAGAGAGAACAUUGGGACCCUGGAUCUAGAGCUGGACUUCUGGAUGCAUAAUAGAAGUGUCAACAUCAGCCACAACGGGGAGAACUAUAUCCUGAAUCGCUACCAUGUACCCUAUGGGGGGCCCAGACCAGAAUCCUACAGCAAAGAUGAAGAAUUGGCAGAGCUCCUACCAGAAGAUGCCCAGGAAUCCCUGUGGACAGAACUGAAGGCUGGAGCUGAAUCCGGCUGGGAUUUCUCCUCCCGCUGGUUUGUUGGCAGCAACUAUCUGUUGGACAUCAAGACUAGUCAGGUAGUUCCAGUCGACCUAAAUGCCUUCCUGUGCCAGGCGGAGGAGUUACUGGCCACCUUCUAUACAAAACUGGGGAAUACGAACAUGGCCCAGUACUACCUGGAGGCCCAGGCUCAGCGCAAGGCGGCCAUGAAAGCUCUCCUGUGGAAUGAGACCUUGGGCAGCUGGUUUGACUUUCUUUUAGAGAACAGGCAACAAAACCAUGGGUUCUAUCCUUCCAACCUCAGUCCACUCUGGGCAGGUUGCUUCUCUGAUCUUGACACUGUCAGAAAGAAUGUCAAGUACCUAGAGAACAACAAGAUAUUGACCUAUAAACAUGGGAUUCCAAGCUCCCUCCAGAUAAGUGGCCAGCAGUGGGACUUUCCUAAUGCUUGGGCCCCUCUUCAAGACCUGGUGGUCAAAGGUUUGGCAGAUUCCAGUUCAGCUCAGGCUCAGGAGGUGGCCUUUCAGCUGGCCCAGAACUGGAUCCGGACCAACUUUGCUCUCUAUCAGAAGAACAAAGCCAUGUAUGAGAAGUAUGACAUCAGCAUUGACUCUGGGGAGCCUGGUGGUGGAGGAGAGUAUGAAGUGCAGGAGGGCUUCGGUUGGACCAAUGGGGUUGCUCUGCAGUUCCUGAAUCGAUAUGGUGACCGGCUGACUUCUAGGUCAGGACCCAUGCUGCCCAGUACCAGCUGGCUGCUCUUGGCCCUCCCGCUUCUGGGUUUGCUCUGCUGAGACGGAAACACUCAGCCUGGGAAGGUCUUGCACUGAGUUGGCUUAUUCCUUGGGAAUAUGCAUGACACCCCCGACAGAAUGCAGGGUCUUCAUAGCCUUUCGCUUUUGCCUUUCUACCCAAUA